CAAAUUUUAACUUCCGGGUGUUGAGUCGUUGCAAAACAGACCAUCCAGCCGUACAGUGGUAGAGGAGGACAGUCACCGAGGAAAACCUGGACAAGGCAACUUUAGGAAAAUGAUGCUGUCAGAGGUCCUGCAGGUGCUGCGAGGAGCAGGUAAAGUGGGGUCUGCCCUGGUCACCACCCAGGGAGAGCAGCUCCGAUUGAUGGUCUGCAACUCUUCUCUGGGAGCAGGAGUCAACGUUGCCCAGGGUGUGGUGGAAGGACUAGUGGACACCUUCAUGGGAGGCAGUAAUGCGCAACAGUCCAUAAAGGAGGAUGUGUUUCCGGAUGCGGAGGGCUGGGAUAAUAUGGACCCCGAUGAAGCAGCCAAAUGGGCCGUCGGAUCUGAGUUUCCCCCCGAUGCAAUGGAGCAAACUCAGACAGAAGCUGGAGCAACAGCAGAUAUUCCAACAGGAGUAAAUCCUCCCCCAGGUGCAGCGGCAGGAGGCGCAGGCUGGCCGGGACAGAGUACUCGCUUCCUCCACACCACGCGUGGCCUCCACCAAUACUACUACCAGACCAGGUCUGUGCACGACACUGUGGUGGCCAGACUCACACCAGAGGACAUUAAGAAGGCCAGGGAGGCCAAGCAGGCCCUGGUCAAACCCGUCAGACAGAAGCUGAGUGACCGUGCCAGAGAGAGGAAGGUGCCGGCCACUAGAAUCAGCAGACUGGUUAAUUUCGGGGGACUGGCAGUAGGACUGGGGAUCGGUGCCAUUGCAGAAGUGGCAAAACAGUCACUGGGAGGCAAACAGAAAGGAGACAUGAGUGCUCUGCUAGACUCUCCUCUCUUGUCGGAGGCCAAUGCUGAGAGAAUAGUCAACACGCUGUGUAAGGUUCGUGGUGCUGCGCUUAAGAUAGGACAGAUGCUGAGCAUUCAAGACAACUCCUUCAUCAACCCCCAGCUGCAGAAGAUCUUUGAGAGGGUCCGGCAGAGCGCAGACUUCAUGCCCACAUGGCAGAUGAAUAAAGUUUUAGAUGAGGAGCUGGGGCCGGGCUGGCGAGACAAACUAUCAUCCUUUGAAGACAAACCAUUCGCUGCAGCUUCCAUCGGCCAGGUGCAUCAUGGGGUGUUAAAAGACGGUAGAGAAAUAGCCAUGAAGAUCCAGUAUCCCGGAGUGGCAGAGAGUAUCCACAGUGACAUAAACAACCUGAUGUCUGUACUAAAAAUGAGCGUGGUCCUGCCAGAUGGUCUGUUUGCGGACAGCAGCUUGGAGGUUCUUCAGAGGGAGCUGGCGUGGGAGUGCGACUACAAGAGGGAAGCAGAGUGUGCCAAGAAGUUCAGGUCCCUGCUGGAGGGAAAUGAGUUCUUCCAAGUCCCUGAGGUGAUUGAUGACCUGUCAGCAAAGAGGGUUCUGGCCAUGGAGCUGGUACAGGGAGUCCCACUGGACCGCUGCGUAGACCUGGACCAGGAGACCAGGAACCAGAUCUGUUUCAACAUCCUCCAGUUGUGUCUCAGGGAGCUGUUUGAGUUCAGGUUCAUGCAGACGGAUCCAAACUGGGCCAACUUCUUCUACAACUCAGAAACCGACAAGGUUGUUCUGUUGGACUUUGGAGCGUGCAGAAGUUACGCAGAGUCAUUCACAGACGACUACAUACAGGUGGUGCACGCAGCUUCAGUGGGUGAUCGAGCGACUGUUCUCUCCAAAUCAAAGGACCUGAAGUUCCUGACAGGCUUUGAGGCCAAGGCCUUCGAGGACGCCCACGUGGAGGCGGUGAUGAUCCUUGGUGAAGCCUUUGCGUCCAUGGAGCCCUUCGACUUCGGCACCCAGAGCACCACCCAGCGCAUCCAGAGCCUCAUCCCUGUCAUGCUGCGCCACCGCCUUACCCCUCCGCCCGAGGAGACGUACUCCCUCCACCGCAAGAUGGCAGGUUCCUUCCUCAUCUGCUCCAAACUGAAGGCAGGCAUAGCCUGCAAGGACAUGUUCCUGGAAGUGUACAACAACUACAACCAGAGGAGGCAGGCGGAGCAGGUGGCGCAGGCCAGUGCGUAGACGCUCAGGAACGAGGUUACUGCACAGGACUUUUUCAGAGUGGGCUUCUGAGUAAAGGGACAGAAGGAUGGAGUCUUGAAUCCACAUGUGGAGACACUGGAUCAGAUGUACCCAAGACUCCAUCCCUUGCCAAUAUGUAACUGUAAAUAUGACAAUGCAGUGUGCACCAAUGAGAACUAUGAGUGUGUUUGACUUUCUAUGCCCGUCUGAUUUAUGACAUGGAAUUUAAACACUAUGAAAAUGAUGGUGAUAAUUCCGUUAUAGCAAAUAUAUGCUAAAGCCCAAAUGGCUGAUUAAAUCUGUAUGUUAAUUGAAGAGAAAAAUAUUUAAUUAGUUUUGAGUGUUGGUGUUUGUGUUUGACUAUAUUGGAUACAUCUCUCUGUCACAGCAAACAGACUAGAAAACGCACGCAGUAAAGCACAUGUCUCUGCCAGAGCAAAUGUCAAACAACAUACACCAGAUUUCAUAGGAAAAAAUUUGAAUUCAUAGUAAAUGAUCCGGAUCCGCCCUGAAAUUUUAAUGGGUUCUUCCCCAGUUCAUGCUGCAUUCCUCCACCGAGUUCAGCACAAAUCAGUUCAGUACUUUUUGCAUAAACCUGCUGACAAAUCAACAAACAAACAAACAAACAAACAGACACAGGUGACCUCCUUGGUGAUGGUAACAAUAUAAUGCUGCUGUAAAUCUAAGCCAUCUUUACGUGCUUUAGCUUUUCAAAAAGCAAGAUGUAUAUGUCCUUUGUGCUCCCAGUGGCUCGUGACUCCAGCUCACUUUGACAGCGAGGUAUCCUCUGUUUUUCAGGACAGAUAAUAAGCCCCUGCAUCGCCAAGCUGACGCUGCCAAGUGCUCUCUUUUGUUAGAAGGACUUUGUGUGCCGCCUGAUGAGCUGGCAAAUAAAGCUUUUCUCCUAAACUGGCAGAGUAGAUGAGCAGAUUAUCAGAGGAUUUAGUGAAGACGGUCUAAUGGAACCCCACUGAGUAAUGACCUUGCAUUAUAAAGCAUAUUUUGACAUAAACCUCCAUAAUGUUAAAUACUGAGCCCCUUUUUUUUAAUGUUUUGACACUUCAUUUUGACAUUCAUAGAGUACAUGUGUACUGUAACAUACAAGCUGGUGUGCCGUGUUUUUUUUUUUUUUUUUUUUUUUAAUUAAAUAAAAAGUGAAAAAGA